AUGGAGCGCAGCAGAGAGACAGCCAGCAACUACCAACAUAUUCAUGUGCAGUUACAAGGAGGAGCUCCAUGGGGCUUCACUCUUAAAGGGGGGCUAGAACAUGGAGAAUCUCUCACCAUCUCAAAGAUUGAGGAUGGAGGCAAAGCUGCUUUGUCAAGAAAACUACAGGUUGGUGAUGAAAUUGUAAACAUCAAUGGCUCCCCACUAUAUGGCUCAAGGCAGGAGGCACUCAUCCUCAUUAAAGGAUCCUACAGGGCAUUGAAGAUGGUGGUGAAACGGAAGAAUAGUCCAGGGAUACGACCUUACACAUGGCACUUAGCCAAAUUAUCAGAGGCACAUCCUGAGCCCACUAUGAUGUACUAUUCAUCAGGAUGUUUCAGCUUGUCAUGGCACUCAGGAUACGACACCAGUGACUAUCCUGCGCAGUGGGAUCAGUUAGCACUCCGUCGGAACGCAGAUCAAAGGAGUUCGUUUGGGAGUAUGGACAGUCUUGACCAGCCCAGUCAAAACUGUGACCAAAACGCAUAUCCCAACAAAAGGGACUCUGCCUACAGCUCUUUCUCUGCAAGCUCUAACACCUCUGACUAUACUCUGUCAUCGUCAGUGAAGACUGAUGAGUCCGCCUCCAUGGACAGCAUUCUACAUGGCUUAGGGCCAUGGUUGCCAACCAAGUAUGGAGAUGCCCAGUAUCUUCAAAAUGGAAGUGAAGGCAGGGAUCAGCCAUCUGAAGAGCAGUUUUGUUCUCACUGUGGAAAAGGAUCAUCGGUAAGCAGCAACAUGCUGCCAACCCAUGAACAUGAAGGUGUUUCUUCAAGUUCUACCAAAUCAGUACCUCCGCAACCACCUGUUCGCAGAGAAAGUUUUGUGGCAGCCAAAGCUCGCUCUGCAUCUCUGUGCAUGUCAAAUUCUGAGGCACUUGCAGCAACAAACCUGUUACUUCAUUCCGGAAGAUGUGCUUCUGAAACUUUGUUAUCUACAAAAGAUAAAGAUUUUGAGGGACAAUAUAUUGCCAGUGUUCCAAAGUGCACAGUAGGUACUACCCUGCACUCCAGUAAACCAACAUCUAGCCAUUGUCCAGUAGAAUGUUGCUGUUUGUUAAGACAACAACCAAGGCAACAUUGCCAUUCUCAGAGCCAAAGUGAAAAAAUUAUUUUGCAUGAAAAUACAACAUUCCCGAGAAAAUCCAGUCGAUAUUUGAUGGAGCAGUUGGACUUGUACAAUUUAAUUGAGCCAUCAUUUGUUACCAGUCACUAUGUAAGCCUGGGUCAGGUAAAGCAGAAUGAAAGAUCGCCUUUGCAUUUGCAUAGGCACAGUGCACCUGAAAAGUUGUUAACAGCGCAAACGCAUUCAUUACCUCUUGCAAUCUAUGGUAAAAAUAAUUUGAGAUCACAUUGUGAUCAGGAAAGUCAUCAAUGGGCCAACUGUGCAUCCAUACCUCAACAGGAAUAUCAGUCCAACACAGCGUUUACUCAUAAAGCUUUAAAUAAAACUGAUUUUUCAUCUGAAGAGCAGAUGAAAGAGAAUUCCUUGAAUCCUGAAUCCAUACCAAAAAUGAAGCAGCAAGAAAUUGAAGUAGCCAGUUGUGAUCACUCUUUGGAUACUCCCCUAUAUUCUUCCCCUUGCAAAGGUGAGCUGAAUAGUGUAACCUGUACAAGUGCUUCUCUUCAAACUACAUUCCAGCAGCAAAACUUGCAUUUGUCCCCAAGACCACCAGAUCAAAUGAGCGAAGGUCGAAGUGGCAAUACUUUGGAAGAUGAGAGAGACACUGAAGAAGCAAAGAAUGAAACUGACAGAAAUACUCGAGGGUGGUGUUCUAGAGUAGCUAGAAUGCGGCGCAAAAGUGACCGUUUUGCCACAAAUUUGCGUAAUGAAAUACAAAUGAAGAAAGCUCAGUUGCAGAAGAAUAAGAGUGGAACUGUGCUGUUACAAAUGGAAGAAGCUUCAGAAGAAAUAGGUGACUUGAGAGAGAAGCCAUCUAAUUCCUAUACUUUUCUUGUUGGUGAGUCUGAUACCAGUGGCUCAGCAGAAGUUGUUACAGGCACAAAAUUGCAGACUGCAAAUCCUAAUAAAAGUUUGAAUAAUUUGGAAGAUGUUCAUAAAACAGGAAAUAUGCAUUUGCGUCCAUUGACUGACAACUCCCAUUUUCCACAAAACAGAUGCAAAACAGGUUCAUUAUCUCAAAAUAUUGAGGAGCAGAAGACUGCUCAACAAGUACUUGGAACUGGCCAAUGUAGAUGGACACCAGAAGAUGGAUGGGAGUUGCAAAGUAAGGCAGUAAAGGAAGUCAGCGUUGCUGAGGCAAAACCUUGUGCGGCAGCAGUGUUACAGGAACCAGAUACCUCUCCACUGGUGCCCUUUGCAGAGAGGAGGAAAUUCUUUGAAGAGACUAGUAAAAAUUUUUCUUCCUCUGAUUCUUACAAUUUUGUGAAACCUCAAAGCAAAUCCAAUACGCUAGGAAAAUCCAAAGGGCAAAAUUUUUGCAGCAAAUUACAUGCCCUCCCAAGUGAUCACCUGAGACACUCUGCAAAGGAAGUGUUCCAACAUCCCUCAUGUAAAGUCAAUGAAGAUUCUGGGCAAGAUCUUGUGUGUUCACCUCGAAAUCUGGAGCAAGCAAUUCACCAUGGACAAAUGAAGAAGUUGUAUGAGCAGGAACAUGAACAUUUAGAGCCUCUCAAACUAAGUAAAUCAAGCACUUUGAAAGAACGCUGUAUUUCUCAAGUUCAGCAGGUGCAACAUUCUGAUUUAACUCCAACACUACAUUAUCAGUAUUUCUUUCCAGAUAACAGUCACCUAGAAGAUCCUCAUCCCACCCUAAGGUCCAACCAGUUGCAAACUUCUUUUCCUGAGGGAUAUCCGGUGGAAAAACUGAAUCAGACUGAGAUAAUAAACAGGAAGUUUACUGCAACAGAAAGAGAGGUGAAGAAUCUGAGUAAUGGUAACUCGCAAGAAACAUUUUCUGAAGUAAAUUCAAAGGAAAGCAACAAGGACGAACGGGACAAUCCAAAACUGGAAAUGUCAGCUUGGGAGAGGCCCAGCAAAACCAAUACACUGCCAGAGAAUGUUUCUGAGUAUGGCCCAGAGUACCCAGAAAAGGAAGCAGUUACCCACACCUGUUGCAUAGGCCAUAUUAAUCGUGGAUCUCUGGAUAUGCUGAAUAAGUUUGAAGAAAGGAAAUUUACUCCAAAUGAUUCAGAGAUAAAUAGACAUGAAGAUUUAACCAGCAACAAAAAGAUGAAAGCGCCCCCACCACAAAGACCACCACCACCAGACUUGCAAAAAUAUAGAUUGCAGAAACUGUCCCAACACGAACUGGCAGACUUGGAGACAUACCAGUCUAGGAAACUGUCCCAACACGAACUGGCAGAUUUGGAGAAAUACCAGUCUAGGAAACUGUCCCAACACGAACUGGCAGACUUGGAGAAAUACCAGUCUAGGAAACUGUCACAACACGAACUGGCAGAUUUGGAGAAAUACCAGUCUAGGAAACUGUCCCAACACGAACUGGCAGACUUGGAGAAAUACCAGUCUAGGAAACUGUCCCAACAUGAACUGGCAGAUUUGGAGAAAUACCAGUCUAGGAAACUGUCCCAACACGAACUGGCAGAUUUGGAGAAAUACCAGUCUAGGAAACUGUCACAACACGAACUGGCAGACUUGGAGAAAUACCAGUCUAGGAAACUGUCCCAACACGAACUGGCAGACUUGGAGAAAUACCAGUCUAGGAAACUGUCACAACACGAACUGGCAGACUUGGAGAAAUACCAGUCUAGGAAACUGUCACAACACGAACUGGCAGAUUUGGAGAAAUACCAGUCUAGGAAAGUGUCCCAACACGAACUGGCGGAUUUGGAGAAGUACCAGUCUAGAAAAUUGUCCCAACACGAACUGGCGGAUUUGGAGAAAUACCAGUCUCGGAAACUCUCCCAACAUGAACUGGUGGAUUUGGAGAAAUACCAGUCAAGGAGACCCUCCCAGCAUGAAUUGGCAGAUUUGGAAAACUUCCAUUCAAGGAAACUAACACCACAGGAAAAGAUGACAGAUGUAGAUAGUUACCAGACCUGGAAGCUGUCUCAAAAUGAAGUACAAGAUUUACACAAAUACCACCUUCGGAAAUUAUCUCUACGUGAAUUACCAGAUUUAGAAAGCUACCAGACCCGGAAACUAUCACUACACGAUUUUCCAGAUUUGGAAAAAUACCAAUCCUGGAAUCGAUCUCGGGAUGAAUUGCCAGAUUUGGAUAAAUAUUGGUCACGGAGAGGUUCUCAUUGUGAAUUAGAUUCAGCACUGAUUGCACAUCCCAUGUUAAUUGAUUGGAAAAGGCCAGAACUUAUCUCUGAUAGAGAGACAUUGGGUUAUUCGGAUUUAUCUUCAAGACCUGGGUCUGUCAUGGACAAUGCAACAUGGUAUUCUCAUCCAUCACAGUUGAGUGCGGACUACAUAACAAGCCUUGAGUACAGGUAUCCAAGAUCAGAUUUCAUUGAUCCAAGAUGCUUAGUGUCUUCCUCAGCUGUUCCGGUUCCAGGUGAACGUUUGAUCCCUUCCCAAUAUAGUUAUAAGUCACAGAGGCCAAUGACGAAAUUGGUAAAAUCCUCGGAGAGUGAAGCUGCAUCAAGGACUCAAAAGUUCAUAUCUCCAGUGGGUGAGUUGGCAUCCAGAGGCAGUAGAAACUGGCCCUUUGAAGGACUCUACCUUCCACACAGCAUGCCAUCUACAAAGAAUGAGAUGGAUCUGGGUUGUCAGAGAUGUGGAGAGUCAUACUUCAGUAUUGCCAACAGACAAGAUGAAAGGUGGGAAGAUUCUGACACUUAUAUAAAACUUGUCCCUGUACCACUAAGCAACACCAUUAAAAGUCCUUCUCAGGAACCCAGUGAGGGAGUUGAGACUGUGAGAUGCAGUUCAAGUGCCCAGAGCAGGCCAUCUGCCGAGCUGACUUCAGAAGAGCUGGUGCGGGACAUUGCAGAAAAAGACCGGUCUCUGGCAGACAUUCUGGAUCCAAAUUCAAAGAUGAAGAGUGCUGUAGGCUUCAUAGGUGGAAUCUUUCCAGAAAGCAAGCAGGAACUAUCACGGGCACGCGAGCACAAGAACCGGAAUCGACUACAGCUGCGUCUGAACGUUGACCAGGAGAAGUGUACUGCACAGGCCACCUCCUCAACAGCAAUCACUAGCUCAACUUCUUGCUCAGCUUACUAUAGCACAUCUGCUGCCAAGGCCGAGCUGUUGAACAAAAUGAAGGACUUACCAAAUAUGGCUGAAGUGUGUUUGGAAGAGGAGGAAGAAGAGGAGGAAACGUUGAUAGAAAAGAAGCAGCAACUGAUUAGCAGUCUGAGCAGGAAACUCUCUGUAUUGCAUGAAGCCCAGAAGAGCCUCUUGGAAGACAUCAGUGCAAACUGUGCAUUGGGGGAAGAGGCAGAAAGACUGGUGAAGAAUGUCUGCAAACCAAACGAGUUUGAUAAGUACCGAAUGUUCAUUGGGGAUUUGGAUAAAGUUGUAAACCUGUUGCUGUCUCUCUCAGGCCGACUUGCUCGAGUGGAAAAUGCCUUAAAUAACCUGGAUGUUGAAAUGAGUGAGGAAGAAAGGCAUGCAUUGACUGAAAAGAAAAAGCAACUUUUAGCUCAGCUCGAAGAAGCCAAAGAACUGAAAGAGCAUGUGGAUCGCAGAGAGCAUGCUGUUCAUAAUAUCCUUGUCAAGCACCUGUCUGAGGAGGAGCUGCAGGAUUACAUUCAUUUUGUAAAGAUGAAAUCUGCCCUCAUCAUUGAACAGAGAGAGCUGGAGGACAAAAUCAAGCUUGGCGAGGAGCAGCUCAAGUGUCUGAGGGACAGUUUAUCCUUCAGACCGUGCUAACACAGCAAUAUUGAAAUGUAGAACACUUUAAAAUUAAUGUUUGGUCUAAAUCAUUAAACUGAAAAGCAUCAAAAUUUAAGAAAUAAUGAAUUCCUUUAUCAAACAUAUUCAUAUCCAAUGGUUUUAAAAUCUGCUGUAUAUGCCUCCUAUUUGUUAGAUAUGACCACAGUUAUGAAUCCUAGUCAUGCUUAUCCUACUAACUGACAUUCUUCAGUGAAAUUUGCUUAUGUGAAAGGAUGGAAGUAUUGGCUUCAUCCAGUUGGUAUGGAUGACCACUGCUGAAGUAGCAGCCUGUAUGAAUCAGGAAGGUCCCAAGUUGUAAUAUCCACACAUUGAAUUGUUUGAUUUUAAAUGAGAGAAUCUGAAGUUUUCCAAAUGGCCUCGAGGUUCCGAGCUGGAAAGUAAAGUUAGUUCUGAGUCCUGGUUCUAGUUUUAUCCAGUACUAUUUUGGAACAUGCAGAGGCUUUGCUACUUAAAUGCUUAAUUGAUAACAAUCUAUUGAUACUUGAUAUUGAGAUCAUGAUGAAGAAUGUUUAAUUGAGUAAGGAACUGGAGGGCUGCCGGUCCAAGUGAAGUUUUACUUUCUUAAGAAUUGGUCUGGUGAGUAGAGAAUGAAGAAGAUAAAAAUAAGAAUUUUGAGAUUAAAUAAAUAAUAGAUUUGCAAAAAUAACCCCCAACAGCUGAUUUUUUUUCUUUUUACUCAUUUUUUUUAAUUGUAUAAAAGAAACCAAUCAGAAUCAACUGCCUCCCAUGACAUUCUUUCCUUCUCAACUGGUGGUGUCAUUGUAAAAUAAAGUUGUAACUAAUCGAGUUCAUUUUUAAAAAUUCCAUUUUGUUUUUAAGUUGUGUUCCACCCUAUUUCAGGGUAUACUAUGUUACUGAUGUAUGGGUCACCAAACACACACCCUUGACAAAAACAUCAUAGAACAGGCUACCUUAAAAAGCAAUUGUCAUUUAUGUUUUUAUUUCAAUCAUGGGUAAGCAACAGACUAAUAGCUAAUUUAUUUAGUGAUUUUUAGUAAUAUUUUGGUGGGUGGUUUCUGUCAUUUUGCAGAUACAAUAAUCCCGAAGAACCACAAGUUAUUUUAUAUUAAGUUAAAAAUGAUUAGGUGAUUUUUGCAUUCAUAAACCUUAUUCUUUUCUAUGCAUAUAAAUAUUGCCCAACAUUUUCAAUUGCUGUGCACAGCCAAUAGGGUGCUCUUCAAAUGUGUAACUCUUAAAUAAUAAUGCAUUACCCUCUCUCUGGCUCAUAUCAGUAAAUUUACUACCCAGUGUAUCAGUGACAACAGAGGCCAAAAGUGUUUAAGUUUCAAUCCUUGGUCUGUUCUAAGGUAACUUGUCUUAGUUGGGAUGGGAUAGAAAAUUAGCCAAAGUUGCAGCACUUGAGAACUAUCCAGUGACCUUUAUGGAGAAAUGUGAAUGUGGAUAUUGGGUAAGCAUAGGAUUAGUUUCCAUGGUGAAAUAGCCUUCCUUCACUGAACAUGACCCUGCAACCAUGGCCAUUUUGUCAAGAUACUGCAAGUUAGUUUGCAGACAUAUGGACAAGAAAUGGGAGGAAGGCAAAAUUCCUUCACUUUUAUAAUAAAUUAAAAUUGCAGUUAAUUUCAGACGAAAAAGCUACCAUGAUUCACUCAGCCGAUUAGACCCAAUUUCAGAAUUUAGUGUUGUACUUAAAAUUGCAAAAAAAAUUGAUAAAUGAUAAUAGUCUAAAUUUUUAAUGUCUGCAUAUAAUAUAGUGUGCUUGUGACAUCCAGUGGCAAAAAUCAGUAUUACACUAUUAUUUCUUUUCAUUCCAAUACCAGCUGAUCCAUUGAAGAUGACUUCGGUCCUCUAUGUAAAUGAUUACUUGGAACAGAAACAGCCACAGGUUGAACUGGGGGUAGAUUGAUCAUUUGUUGUCUUCAUUAUCAAUGCCAUCCAACUGGCAAUUAUUUUUGUCACCAGAAAUGUGAUUGUGAUAAAUUUCAAAACUAAGAAUUGCGCACUAAUGGCCGCUAAUACUCAAGAAUGAAGUGGUGACAUAUUUCUAAUAGCUGUGUUAAAAUAAUGAAGGAAUAUUAAAACCUCUGCUGGAUAAUGGGAGGUCUGAAUGAUUGUUGUGCCAUUUAUGUUACAUUUUGCACAGACUGUAACUGCUUUUGUUUCAUGUACACUUAUGAGAAGGAGAAAUGGGAUUUUUCAGACAAUGUUUCUCAUGUUAAGUUAGUCUGAAGCUUUUAUUCAAAAACUGGAAUAAUUGAAUUUCUGCCAAAAAAAAUUACAAGGCUGCUUUUAUUAUUUUGUACUGCAAUUUACUGUAAUUCACCAGACCUUCAGUUGAGGUACCUCAAUCAGUAUUCAGUGCAUGAAAGAUUUAUGCUGGAUAUAUGCAAAAUUGUGUUUUAAGAAUUACAUUUGAAGCUGAAAGUGAAUGAUUGAGGCAUAAAGUGUGCAAAUGGGGAGUUUAGUAUCUGGGAAACUUGAAAAUAAUUGGCAUAAUUUGUAACUCUUAAAAGUAUAUUCCUAUUUCCCAGCUGCAGCUUGGCAGAUUGAAGGUAACGUUGCUAGUGACCUAAGUUAUUGAGAAGGGGUUAGACAGAUGCCUGGAUGGUUCGAGGGGUGUGAUGCAAUAAAGGAGAUUGGCCAAUAGCUAUAGUGGGUGAUGUGGUGGUUUGACAGAACAUUGGGGAAGGUUAAGCAGACUGUAGUGAAUGUCCAACAGAUCAUGGAGCAGGUUUAAUUGAGCUGGGAGAAGACACUGUUGCUCCUCUUGUUCUGUAGGUAUUGUGUAAGAGCAGUUACCUGUUGAAUCUAUUUUCUCACACCUCCUCCGCCCUGGGAAACAUGAGAUGCAGGUCUUAAAAACAAAAGUAUUAUUAAAGUAGAUGCUUGUGGUCUCCUUAAAAUAUUUUACAUUUUGUAAAAUUCCAAACUUCUAACUCACAUCCUCUUCCAUCUCCUGAGAGCGAGUUGAUCACAUGGUUUCCAACCUGACACAUCUCCAAUUAAACAACAGUUGAGCUGGUUGUAAUAAGAUUUACCUAACUUCAUUUUACUCUCCCCUCCUGUCACUCCUAUUCCCCUUCUCAAAUCAUCUGGGGUGACUAAAAUAUUUCUAGGGUAUCUAGAAAUCGCAUUUCUAUAGAUCUUUGUGAAAUUACAGCAUGUGAACACUUAAAUUGUAUGGUUCAAAGUUUGUGCGAAGAUUUGUAGCUCGGGUGCUUGUUGUAGUGGUUCUGUUUGCUGAGCUGGAAGUUUUAGUUGCAAACGUUUCG